AUGGAUGAGAGACAAAUUAUAUGCUAUUGUCGAUUUGAUGGGAAAAUUGACAAAAAUGAGAAUGGGGAAAUUAUAUACAUCGGCGGUGUCACAGACCCUUUUAUGAUAACAACAACAACAACAUACGAAUCAUUUAUAAAUGAGUUACAACAACGUUCAUCUUCAAACAUGAGUGGUAAAGUCAUAUAUUAUACCACCGAAUCUAACAAGAAUGAGCUUUUGAGGAUGACGGGAGAAUCUGGAUUUAGAGUGAUGCUUGUAGUGAGUGGUCCCAUGCUAAAUGUGUAUAUGGAAGAUGCAGAGCCUGUAAUUGCAUCAUGCACAAUUCCUACUGAUCAUAGUGAGAGACAAUUUGUUGAAGCCACAUCGCCAAUUGGUCUUCUACAAAGUGUUGCGUCAACGUCUUCAUUUCCUCCGAUAAAUGCGCAUCGGGAUUCUUUCCGACACAUUGAUGACAUUCUUUGCGUGGAUCAGCUUUUUGACAGCCCAAAUGAUUUCAAAGAUGCACUCGUUUUGUUUGGUCUUCGUAAUCAUUUUCGGUUCAAGUACUUGGACAAUAGCAGAAAAUAUUAUAGAGUUGUGUGCGAGGUUAAUAAUUGUCCAUGGAAAUUAUCAGCUGGUUGUGAAGGAAGUGGUGAUAUAGUGAGAAUCAAGCGGUUUAAUAAUGUUCACACUCACACUGCUCAAGACAUUUCAGAUUAUAAAGCCAUUUUUUGGUCGAAGGAAAUGGGUCGAGCUAUUGUGAACAAGGUUAGGGACAAUCCUAAAUGCAACCCCAAGACUAUUUCCACAGACAUAAACGGUGAAUUUUCUGCUAAAAUGACUUACAUGCAAUCGUGGAGAGCUAAGGAGUGUGCACGUCAUAUCAUUGAGGGAAAUCCCAAGGAUAGCUAUAUUUUAGUCCCGUGGUUGUGUGAACGAAUAGCAGAAUAUAUUCCUGGGACAAUUACAUCGUGGGAGUGCACGGAUGAUAGGAGAUUUAAGCCCAUGUUAGCAAUCGAUGCUUGCCACUUGAGUGGCAAUUAUAAAGGAACAAUGCUUGGUGCAACGGGGUUCGAUGCGAAUGAUGGCUUGUGGCCUUUGGCGUAUGCUGUUGUUUCUUCUGAGAAUGAUGAUGAUUAG